GUGACACCGCUAGCUCACGACUCUGUACGUUCUGUCCCGAGGCUAUUUGCCCCGGACGGUCGUCCGAGUCUGUUGCGUGUGGGCAAAAGGGACCGUCGGUAGGGAAUAUCGCAGCGGCAACUCUGAGACGAGGCAGGAUCGCGCGCAGCCAUGACCGAGGCGGCUGCUGCUCCGGACUGGCAUGUGGGGACUGACCUCCAACAACAGGCCCAGAUCCAGUCUGCGGAGAUCUCCCUUUUAGCCAUCCUGGCUGCUGUUCAGGCGGUGGAGAAGAAAACAGAGUCCCAGGCUGUCCAUCUUCAAAGCCUGGAAAUACGAACAGGGUCAGCUGAGAAGAGGCUGGCUGACUUCGAGAAGACAGCCAUGGAGCUCAGCAGCCAGCUGGAGGGCAAGUGGGCCGUGCUGGGGACCCUGCUGCAGGAGUACGGGCUGCUGCAGCAGCGGCUGGAGAACCUGGAGAACCUGCUGCAAACCCGGAACUCCUGGGUCCUGAGGCUGCCCGCUAGCAGCAAGGAUGAAGCCCCCAAGGUUUCUAUAACUACUGAAGAGGUGGCUGAGUGUUUCCCUGAGCAACAGGAAGGCGGCCCGGAAGAUUGGCAGAAAGAGCUCUGCAAGGACGUAGCAAAAGAGAGCCGGGAGGUGCUGGGUGCUCUGGAACCAGGCCAGCUGGAAUCCCCCCACAGUGUUCUCCCCUGGAUCAAGCAAGAGGAAGAGGCAUAUGAGAAGAGUCUGCGAGAGACAACCAGUGCCUAUCUGUGCUCAGAAACCUGGCUAGCUAACAAGAAAAGGAUCCUGGAAGGAGAGUCCGUGCUACCAGACCCAGCGUGGGCAACUGAAGGGAGCUCCAGCAAGGAGGACUUUGAGAGGAGAACCUGUGGGGACCUGCUCCCCGUUUCCAGAGAGAGAGAGGUGGCCUCCCUCCCCCGAGGCUCUCAGAGUCAGCCUGUGCCAGCUACUGAGGGCACCGAGAAUGGCCAGGACUUCAUUGUCAAAGAGCUCAGCACUCAGCAUGCGCACCCACACCAUGGAUCUCCACCCUUUGCCAGUCUCCAGUGCCCCCAGAAUGCCACACAGCAGGUCACUCUCACCAGGAACCGUCGUGCAUCCACAGCCCAGCGUGCCUACACCUGUGUCCAGUGUGGCAAGAGCUUCGUCCACCAGUCAACACUUACCACGCACUACCGCACACACACUGGGGAGAAGCCUUAUAAAUGCGCUGAGUGUGAAAAGCGGUUUGGCCGCCUGUCCACACUGCUGGAGCACCAGCGCACCCACACGGGAGAGCGGCCCUUCCCAUGUGCACAGUGUGGCCGUCGUUUUGGGCGCCUGUCCACACUGGUGGAACAUCGGCGCACACACACGGGUGAGAAACCAUUUCCAUGCACCCAAUGUGACAAGCGUUUCACACGCCUAGCCAAUUUGACAGUGCACCAGAGUGUGCACUCUGGUGAGCGUGCUUUCCAGUGCACCCAGUGUGGCUCCUGCUUCACGCACAAACCUAGUUUCCUACGGCACCUGCGCAGCCACUCUCAGGAGAAGCGUUUUACCUGCGGCCAGUGUGGCAAGAGCUUCACCUGUCGCUCCUGGCUGGUGCGCCACCAGGGCAGUCAUGCCCGCUCAGCCUCCGCUGCUUACGUGGCUGGUGAGAAGAGCUCACCAAGCUUUGAGUCACCUACAAGUCUCCUUAAGGGUGCAGCUAGGGGAAAGUUUUCCAGUGACCCUUCUAUCGCCCCCAGAUCCAAGGACACUAAGGCCAGUCAGGACCAUAAGGCCUAUGGCAGAGGUCAGCAGCUCAGCAACCAUGGUCAGGAAGGUCUGGUGGGAUCUCUGCAUAGCUGUCUGUCUGUAAAAAUGGAGAAUGCAGGGUAGCACCCAGAGAGUCCCUAAUGAGGUAACAUAGGGCUUCUAGGUCCCCUUGAGCCCAAGCUGCCUCUCCUAAGGGACACUUCUUGGGUCAGAUGUGUGGCACCUGCCAUCUGUAGGCUUCCCAGGGGAUGGUUCUCUCCCAUGGACUGCAGGUGCUAAGUGCCCCUGAGAUUCUUGCUGCUGCGAAGGUUCCUGUCCCGAAAUGUUGCAGAAACAGAGGUAAAGGAAGAAUGAAGCAUGAGUAUAUCUGCCGGCAGCAGCAGAGGCCCUGACUCUGUGGCUCCCUGAUAGCACCAUCUCAGCAGUUCAGGCAGCAGUGUGCACUUUUCACCCAGCAAGGGCUGCUGACAGUUAGGAUUGCUACAAUUUUGAAAAGUUGAGUUGUUCUGCUUCCAUCUGAGCAACUCUAUUCAAAUAGUUUCCAAGAGUUCCAGAGGGCAGGGCUGGGAAUGUGACUUACCAUUGUUCAUCUGGCAUGCACGAUGAAACCAUGGUUCAGUCCCCACUUCAAGUUAUAAACUGGCUGUGAGGGCACCUACCUGUGAUCUAGCAUUCCUGUUAAUGCUGAAGGGUCAGAAGUUCAAGGUCACGUCCCUGUUUAAAGAAACAAAAUAUCCCGUAGGAGUUCAAGGACAGAGUUGGCAAAUACCCCACGUCUCGCCAGUGGCCCCGUGUUUUGAAUAAAUGCAUGUGUGUUCCCGAGGGCUCCUGGAGGGAACUGUGUCAUCGUCUCCGCUUUGGAAGAGUAUGGCUAAGAGACCUGUGCUGCUCGCUGUCUCUCUGGUCUCUGUCUAUAUCUGGAGGUAGUUUUCACAUAUUCGCUUAAAACCUACAAAUAAAUGUUUAGGAAGAACUGU